GUGAUCAAAGCCAUAGAGGAAGGCUACCGUCUGCCCGCCCCCAUGGACUGUCCUCCAGGCUUACAUCAGCUGAUGCUGGACUGCUGGCAGAAAGACCGAGCUGAGCGACCCAAGUUUGAUCAGAAUGUUGGCAUCCUUGAUAAAAUGAUCCGCAACCCGAACACGUUAAAAACCCCUGUGGGGACAUGUACACGACCAAUUAGCCCGCUGUUAGAUCAGAGCACGCCAGACUUCGCUGCGUUCCGCUCUGUGGGGGAGUGGCUGGAAGCCAUCAAGAUGGAGCGCUACAGAGACAACUUCACCGCAGCCGGCUACACGUCCUUAGAGCCUGUGGCCAGGAUGUCCAUCGAGGAUGUGAUGAGUUUGGGAAUCUCACUAGUGGGCCACCAGAAGAAGAUCAUGAACAGCAUACAGACUAUGAGAGCCCAGAUGCUGCAUCUCCACGGUACAGGUGUCCAGGUGUGAUGAGCCAAAUAAUCGGACCUUCUUGGUCAGGUCACAAACACAACAAGCAGAACUUCAGUGGAGCGGCGCUAGGCCAGGCCCGUUCGGGUCAAAGUCAGCGGACGUGUGCUGUGUCUGACUCCUCCUGCUGCAUCCGGAGUGGAAUCAUUCCUUUGUUCCUCAGUGAGGGAUUCAGGUCUGUCUCUUCAAAAGGCACUAAAGAGAGGACAAGACAAGAAACAGCAACACAAAAGCAACUACCUGGACAAGAAAACUUCUUUUUUUCUUCUUCUUCAAAUUUUGUAGAAGCUCUAAAAACUCAACCACAUAUCAAAGGGCGGGUUGGACGGGGGUUUCUUUAAACGCACACUGACUGGAUUUUCUUUUAAAAAAAGAAAAACUUGUUUACUUCCUCUUUGGUUUUUUAAUUUCUUUGCUUCCUGUCUGCUGCCACGGGGAGAGGAAGUGGCUCACACAAACGUUUCUUCUUCUUUGGAUGUGACAACAGGGUAACUCGCUGACAGGAUCAGGUAGAUCUGUGCCGGUUCUGUUGGUGCCGGGUUCUGCUGGACUGUGGGAACUGUUUGCAGUGAUUUUUUAUUUUAUUUUAAUUGUCACCUGCUUGUUUUUAGCCUGCUUGAUAGUUGAGAUUUGAAGUGAUCUCAAAAUGUUAUCAAGGAAUUUGCACUUUGGUGCAACAUUAAGGAGCUGCAGGGCCUAACUGUUCUAAUCACUGGAGUUUUCUAUGAAAGUAGCAAUAUCCUUUAGUCUUAGUAUUCACCACGGCACACAGAGUCUCUGAAGCUGCUCAUUGAUCCGAACGUGUCAGCACAGUUCAAAGACUGGAGUCAAACUGCAGCCGCUGCAUUUUGGUUUCGCCAUCAUUUUGCCUAAAAGUUGCACACAGACUUGUUGAGCUGCAGGUGAAGGUUAAGGUGGAUCCUAGAAAAGAGUAGAUGUAAAACUGCCUUAAAAGAUCUUUAGAUUGAGCAUUGCCACUUUUUUUUUAACAAUUCAGUGGCAAUGUUUUUGUGGCUCUUUUUUUAUUAUUUUAGUUUUUGUUGUAGCGUGAUGUCUUCUAGUUUAAACUGGAUCUGGUGGGCACAGACUCAGAUCCACCCAGAAGGCAGGAAGAGACUGACCUUAACGAGCAAUAAUUACCGGAGAGAACUGGUCCUCACUUGAGUUUAUUAAAGGUGCUAGGUAGACAUGCAUGUGUGUGCUGUGCUCAGAUAAAACCGUUGAAAAAUAAAAAAAAGGUAAAAGAAAACAAAAAUCCAUCACCAGACAGAGAAGGAAUGUUCCUCUGUGACCUGAAACGGUUUAAAGAGUGCUCAGAAAACUGCCUUGCCAAGUCAUCAAAUGAAAUAAUCAUGUUGUAUUUUGCCUCUGUGAUAUGCUAAAUAUUUGAUGAAAAUCUAACACGGCAUGGAAAUGUUGAAUCGAGAGGCUGCGCAGAUGAAAGUGGCACCAUUUGAAACUGUAGAAAGGUGCCAAUUAGCCACGCUCACAUCAUCUUCCACCCAGAAAUCAAAGAGCCCCUUCAGGGUUGGGGCUUGAAGAGGCAGGACCAAAGGAUGGAGUCUGGAUCAGGCGCUGGUGGGGGCUCCGUCCUGGCUCUGCAGGCAGCCCUCGUCUUUCCUGGUGGAUGUCGGUGUGGAUGCGAUGGAACAUGCAUUCAAAUGCGCUCCUUCUUUCUUCCCAAUGACUGUUUGAAGAACGGAGAGGAUUUGCUUAAAUCAGCCUCUUUGGUGCCAUCUGUCUCCACUUGAAGGG